GCAAUUAAAAAAGGAGAAUGGAGGCUGUUCCAAGGCUUCAUAUGCUUUGGUUUCCCAGUAAAUCAAGUCCCGAGGGAACAUCAUUUGCUGGUCUGAAAAGGUAUAUUGCCGAAUUUUAUCAAGAAAAUCCAGAUAACUACUCCAAAGAGCUGUAUGCAUUGGAGACAUUGCGAAAUCAGGCCUUGAAUACACCCAAAGAUAAUUGUGCUAUACUGAAGCGAUAUUUUUGCCAAUUAGAAUCGCUGCUCAAUCGUUUUCCCAAACUCCGUGAUAAAAAGGUCAUCUUUCAGUUCACCUGGAAAGAUUUGUACCAGAACAAAGUCCAUGAAUACAAUGAUAUUGGCUAUGAACAAGCUGCAGUACUAUUUAACAUAGCUACUGCCCACACACAGGCUGGGGCCUCAGUGGAUCGUACCGAUGUUGAGGGCAUGAAGCUGGCCUGUACCCAUUUCCAAUGUGCCGCUUGGGCAUUUGGAGAGAUACGUGAACGUUACAUAAACAUGGAUGAGUUUGGUGAUUGUUUUACCACUGAACUAUUGGUAUUUAUGCAACAGGUAUCCUUGGCCCAGGCCCAAGAAUGCAUAUUGGAAAAAUCGUUGAUUGAUAAUCGUAAACCGAACAUAGUGGCCAAGGUGACGGCUCAAAUUGUGGUGUAUUAUGGAGCUGCUUUGGCUGCAUUGUUGACGGGUGGUGAUGAUGGACCAGUGGCCUCCGUGGUGGAUUCUGCCGUCUACAAACAAUGGAAGAAAUAUGUCCGCUUUAAAAUCUCCUAUUUGAAUUGUAUUUUGUAUUUGUAUCAGGGUCAGCAUGCCGAGGAGCAAAGGAAAAUGGGUGAGAGGUUGACUCUCUUUGAGGCCGCUUGGGAAAAACUUGAAGAGGCCCGCAAGGAGUCCAAGGGUCUACCCGAUCAAAAAGAAAUCAACGAGUCAUUGAUAUUCACCGCCGAUGUGGUCGAGGGCAAACGUAAAAAUGCCAAAAAUGAAAAUGAAUUCAUUUAUCAUGAACCCGUACCCGAAUUGGCCAGCAUAAGUGCAGUACAGGGUGCCAAUUUAGUCAAUGGCAUUAGUUUUUCCGUAACAGAUCCUGAGGUAGCUGGUGAAGAUAUAUUUGCCCGUCUGGUACCCAUGAAAGCCCAUGAGGCCAGUUCCCUUUACAGUGAAGAGAAAGCCAAACUUUUACGUAAAUAUGGAGCAAAAAUUGAAGAAAGGGAUAGUGAGCUGGCCAGUUUUAUGAGCUCCCUGACCUUGGACAAUUUAAACAUCAAUGAGGAAAAAGCCAAUAAAAUUCCCCAAGGCAUUGUCGACCGUUGUGCUGCCUUGAAUGCCAACACCUCAGCUAUACCCGAAUUGGUGGCAUCCAUGUCACGUUUGGCAGAAAUUUGUACAGAUGUCGAAGCCAAUCUAAAAGAGAUAUCACAAAUUCUCGCCCAAGAAGAUAAAGAAGAAAAGGAAUUUCAACAGUUGACCGGUGUCCAGAGAACACCAAAUGCCCACAUAACAGAAUUGUCGAGAGAAUUUCUAAAAUAUAAUGAAGCCCAUAAUCGUGCAGGAGAAUCCAAUGACACUCUACGCAAAGCAAUGGAACUGCAUAUAAAUAAUUUGAAAAUCUUGGCAAAGCCAUUGCAGGAAAUACAACAAUCGGUCCCAAAAUUGAGUUCUGAACUUAAUACCGCUGAAGUUUUUAAGGAUGUCAAAUUGAUUGUCAAUAAGGUCAAUGAAAUGAAGGCUCAAAGAUCGCAAUUUCAUGCUGAUUUGCGCAUUGCCGUCAAUGAUGAUGAUAUUACAUCGAAAAUUAUUGCGCACGAUUCAGAGGAAGAUUUGCAAGGGCUCUUCGAAAGAGAAUUGGCCAAACAUGAACGUUUAACUCAGUUAAUUGAUCAGAAUCUGUUGGCCCAAGAUAAUAUUUUGAAGGCCUUAACGGAAUCAUAUGCCAAGGCGGCACCGGUUUUAAAGACCUUAGCUGAUGUUAAACAUAAGCGAGAGAGUUUCUUUGCUUCGCUGGCAGCUUCUUAUGAUGUGUAUGAAGAUUUGUUGGCCAAGUCGGCUAAAGGUUUGGAGUUCUAUAAUAAAUUAUCUGCCAAUGUCCAAAAACUUUUGUCACGCUGUAAAUCCGCACGUGAUGUCCAAUCCGAGGAACGCCAACAACGCUUGAAAAGUGUUAACAAUAAACCAAGCCCCUCCCCUUUGCCCACAGAUACCACAUAUUCAUCCGCAACCGUAUCGCAAACUCCAAAACUACGUGACUAUUUGAAAGCUAAAAAUGCUGCAAAGGAAAAAAAUAUGGCUUUGGGCAAUACCAACAAUCCAGCAGCCUAUAAUCUUAAUGCUGCCCAAUAUAUACCACCAGUAAGACCCAAUCCAUUGGGUUCAGAAAAUCCCACACAGGCGGUUUGCUCAGGAGGCACCUACUAUCCGAAUACCGCAUCAGGAAAUACUGUACCACCAACUGUGGGUCCCAAUGAACCACCACCACCCUACAGUCUACAACAACAGCAAUAUUAUGAUCCCAACGGAGCCGGUUACACCAAUCCUAUGUAUUAUCAAUAUCAACAGAAUGUGGCACCACCAGCCUAUAAGCCACAAGCUUCACCCAAUUCACAAUUUACCAAUUUAAAUGUGAAUAUGGCAAAUUUGUCGUUGCAACAAUCAAGUGGUGGUGCGGCUAAUAGUCCAAAAAUGCCCUACAGUCAAAGUCCAUACAGUAAUCCAGGUGCAGGAAAUGCAAAUGUCUACAAUAAUCAAAAUCCAAUGAAUAACAGCAUUCCAUCAACAAAUCUACAACAACAGAAUAACUAUAAUGCCUCGCAUGCAAUGAAUAAUCCACAAAUGAUGGGAAUGUAUGGUGGUAACAUGAAUACACAACAGACUUCACUACAACAACAACAACAGUAUAUGCCUGGAAAUUCAGUCUACAAUACAUCAACGGCAACAUUAUCUCAACAAAUGCCGGUGGCUUACACUCAAGCCUAUUCCUCGCCAGUUACGACCACUGGAGGCAAUGCUACUCAAAUGUAUACAUCCCCUGUUGUCACGACAGCCUCAACCACGGCAACACAACCCCAAUAUUUGUAUGGCACCAACACAGCUAAUUAUCAACAAAAUCCAACCAUGCCCAAUAACAAUUUCAAUAAUUCCCCCGCCCAAAAUAAUAACACUAAUGUACCUCCCAGUCAACCAUUGUAUGUGGCCACCAAUCAAAUUGUACCACCAACAAUACAAGCACCAUAUAUUGUAAAUAAUCAAGUUGCAGGAAAUCCGACUUUGCAACAAUUUCAGCCUCCAACUGGAGGCCAGUUGACAAAUCAAAAUCUACCGGGACAAAAUGUGAAUCCUCAAGUGAAUGCCAAUAUUCCAAGUCAACAACAGCAACAAAUGAUUACUCCUGCAGCAGCUGCUGGUGGACAAGCAAACACAUUCUCAAAUAUGCCUAUAGUGGCUAGAAAUCCUUCGAAUCAAGCAGCAAUGCCGAUGGCUCCAAAUGUGUCGGGAUCAAUUGCACCAGGACAGUCACCUUAUACUUUACCAGGAAAUGCUGCACAAACUCCAUCCAGUGGAAAUGCAAAUGCAGUUCCAAAUGUUGUUACCACCACCCAAGCUAAUUCUAGCACAUCAACUGGUGGUGUUUUGAGGAAAACAUCUUCAUCCACAAUGCAUCCUGGCUAUAGCUAUAAUCCACAAAGUGGUACAUUUGAUUAUGGCAGUGGUUAUCAUCAGGCAGCACCCAAUAAUCAACCAUUUUAUGGUCAAUAUACUACUGGCGCCCAACCCAUAAAUUCUCAAGUGGGUACAACAGACUCCAAAAGUUCGGGCAAAACUAAUUUGUCCACGGGUUUUGAUGCCCCCAUUGUGUCACACACAAAGACAAGUGCCCCGGUAAUAAAUCCCGAAAUAAAACCGACAAAUGAAAGUUAUUAUAAUCCACCAUAUGGCUAUCAAAAGAAUAAUAAUAAUACCGAUACGAUUACACCAAACCCCCAAAUACCAACAACAAAUUCAGCCAUACCACCAGCCGUUAAUACACCUGCGGCUAUAAACUAUGCUAUGCCACAGCAAAAUUAUUAUCAGCAACAGCAAUCUGCAACAUAUAUACAAAGUGGUAUGGGUACCACGGCCAAUACCCAAACUACCAAGAGUGUUAAUACCUAUGCCACAAGUAGUCAGCAUACACCAACAACACCAAAACCGGUAAAGACGGCAGCUCCCAAAACAUCUAACAUUGAUUUAUUAUCCGAUAUAGAUUUCUCCGGAGUCAUGGCUGUACCACCGCCAAUAUUACCGGAGCCAGCUUUAAAACCCGUGGUAGUUAAUAGUCCACCGGCUAGCCAGGUGGCUGCGGAAACACCACCCACCAAGACCACAUCAGUCACCGAGGAAGUUACACCUGAAAUUGCCUAUGUCAAUUCCCUUACCACCACACCCAUGGAGCUAACAUCUCCCAUCGAUUCUCCAGCUGUACGCAAAGCUAGUUUUGAUAAUCUUUCCAAUUGUUCGGAUAUUAGUUCUUUGGAUAAUUUUGAUUGGGAUUCCACUUCAAUGCGUAGCACCACAGAUAAACAUCAAAAUCUCGGCGAUAAACAUUCCAUAAUUUCUUCAUCCAAUUCGGCCACAUUCCAAAUGAAACCCAUUGAUCCCUUUACCGAUGAUAAAGUUUUAAAAUAUUUCCAUAAAGAAGUGGAACGUUUUGAAAAACUUGUCGAUUCGUUAAAUGUUAAAAUGCUGAAUGGCCAUACGGCAUUAUCGACCAAAUGGAAAGAAUUGCAAGAUCUUCUGGCCAAAGAUGCCAGCAGUCGUACUACCACUAUUGCAAAAUUAUUUCCCGAAAAGAAUCGUUCAUUGGAUUGUUUACCCUAUGAUCAUGCUCGAGUCAAAUUAGAUAAGGAGACAGAUGAUUAUAUUAAUGCUGCCUACAUAAAGAAUCUUGGCAGUGGUUGCCCUAAUUUGAUAAUUGCUCAGACUCCCCAGCAAAAUACCAUUAAUGAUUUUUGGUCCAUGAUAUGGUCACAGAAAGCUCGAACUGUGCUUUGUUUGCAUACACCAAAUGAGAUGUUAGAUCCAUUUUGGCCCCAAACCUUGGACAAAGAAUCGCAUUUCGACGAUUUCACUGUAAAAUGUGUAAAAAUAAUACAAUUAUCACACUGUGUGGAGUAUCAACUAAAUCUAAGUAUGUUGGGUUCAGAUGUCAUUAUACAAUUGGCCAUAUUGCAAAUAAAACAAUGGACUAAGAGUACACCCUCUAUGGUUGUGGGUAUUGCUCGUAAUGCCUCCCAGGCCCAUCAACAGCGUUGUAUGGAAUUCAAUGAUCCCCAAUCACCAUUGAUUAUGAAUUGUUUAACUGGUUCGGAGAGAUCGGAAUUGGUGGCGGUGGCCAUUUGUGCAAUAAUGGCCACACAAAAUAAACGACCCGUUUUAAUAAAUGUGGUCGAUGUUUGGCAUCGCAUUUGUCAACAACGCCAACAGGCCUUGAGAGAUAUUGAGACAUUGGAAGAAUCUUUGCAAAUUGUUUUGAAUCAUGCCCAUGAUGUUCUAAACAAACGUGGCAUAAUGACUUCAUAUCAAAUGAAGAUUGCACCACAGGUUACCGCCCAAGAAAAACAAGCUACUAAAGAUCCACUCAACGAAUUGGAUGCCUUGUGGAAAUUAAAAACCUAAUUGAAUGGUGUGCG